GCCUGUUGUGGAGCGGGUGUGAGAUCUCGCGAGAGCAGCGGGCGGACGAGCGAUCGCGCGCGGUGCUGGAGCGGCGGGUGGAUGGCGUCGCUCACAGGCUUUCCUCAGAUGCUGGAACCACUGGGAAGCCCCACGUUGCAGAUGAUGCUAGGUGGUGACAUAAUGAAGCUGGAGAAUGGGCAGUCGAAGCUUGGCCUGCCACCUCUUAACCCUGAGCAACAGGAGGCACUGCAAAAGGCUAAGAAGUAUGCAAUGGAACAAAGCAUUAAGAGUGUGUUAGUCAAGCAAACGAUCGCUCACCAGCAGCAGCAACUCACCAACCUGCAGACACUGGGUUCCUUUCGAAAAUGGGCAUGCUGGGAACUGUGCGAUUGUCUCGACUCCAAAGAUCAGAUGGCAGCACAGAGGCAACGUGCGUUGGCGAUCAUGUGUCGCGUUUACGUUGGAUCAAUUUACUAUGAGCUGGGAGAAGAUACCAUCCGACAGGCUUUCGCUCCCUUUGGACCAAUCAAGAGCAUCGACAUGUCAUGGGACUCCGUCACUAUGAAACACAAGGGGUUUGCCUUUGUGGAGUACGAGGUUCCAGAGGCAGCUCAGCUUGCUCUUGAGCAGAUGAACUCGGUGAUGCUGGGAGGCAGAAACAUCAAGGUUGGCAGACCGAGUAACAUAGGACAAGCUCAACCAAUCAUAGACCAGCUUGCAGAGGAAGCCAGGGCGUUUAACAGAAUUUAUGUCGCGUCCGUUCACCCGGAUCUGUCGGAUGAUGACAUUAAAAGUGUGUUCGAGGCCUUUGGAAAGAUUAAAUCCUGCACCUUGGCCCGAGACCCCACAACGGGGAAGCAUAAAGGAUAUGGAUUCAUUGAGUACGAGAAGGCCCAGUCUUCGCAAGAUGCCGUUUCGUCCAUGAACCUCUUUGACCUCGGUGGCCAGUUCCUCCGCGUUGGGAAAGCAGUGACUCCUCCGAUGCCAUUGAUGACACCUGCUGCACCUGGUGGAUUGCCCCCUGCAGCAGCGGUGGCAGCAGCUGCAGCAACAGCGAAGAUUACAGCUCAGGAGGCUGUAGCAGGGGCAGCUGUGCUUGGUGUUAGUGGUCUUUCGGCACCAGGUCUAGUCACUCCAGCACUGACCCUUGCACAGCCACUGGGAGCAUUGCCACAAGCUGUCAUGGCAGCACAAGCUCCAGGCGUUAUAACAGGUGUGACACCAACCCGUCCAACAGUGUCACUUCCAGUCACUAUCCCACAGGUAGGAGUGGUUAACCCUGUCCUGGCCACGCCACCUGCCGCUGGCACUGCUACAGAAGUCAAGAAGGAGGAUGAGGAGAAGUUGCUGGACACUGAACGGCUGGAAAUGCUAAGCGAGCAGGAGCACAUGAGCAUUUCGGGGAGUAAUGCUAGACACAUGGUGAUGCAAAAGUUGCUUCGCAAGCAGGAGUCCACAGUCAUGGUAUUGCGGAACAUGGUGGGUCCCGAUGACAUUGAUGAUGAUCUGGAGGGCGAAGUGACGGAGGAAUGUGGUAAAUUUGGUGCUGUGAAUCGCGUGAUCAUCUACCAAGAAAAGCAGGGCGAGGAGGAGGACGCAGAGGUGAUUGUCAAAAUCUUUGUAGAGUUUUCCUUAGCUUCGGAGAUGCACAAAGCCAUCCAGGCUCUUAAUGGGCGCUGGUUCGGAGGACGAAAAGUUAUUGCAGAAAUAUAUGACCAGGAUCGGUUUGAUAACAGUGACCUUUCUGCAUGAACUACAGCUGAAGGAACUUGCAUCCUGUCAUGGGAUCAGAUAUUCGGGGACCUGAUCCAACACCUCAUGCUUCAACAUGUGUCCUGACCCGGGAAUCUUGGGUGGAUGCAGAUGGAUCCAAUGGAUUUCCACUCAUGAAGUGAUAAGAUGCUGUUUUUGCUUACCUGUUCUAGUGUGCAGUUGCUCCAUUCAGUAGCCACACUUAGUGGGCAAAAGUGCAGAUUUGUAAGUGUUAGAACAGCCUGGGAGUUCAGAUCCAUAAACUGUCAGGCUGGGUCUCACAUUACUCUCUGGUUAGUCCCCAUUUUGAGUACGUCACUGGUUAGAUGGAUUUGUUCAGCUGCUGAUCCCAGUCAGUGGGGGCAGCAGAAUUUCAAGAUUUAAUGUCCCAGUUAAAAUUGAACUUGUGGAUUAGGACUGGAUUGGGAGUGGCAGGGUUUGAGUGAUGGUAACUGCUGGCACUGAGAGAACCAUGGGGGCAGGACUUGGGGCUAAUUUUCUUUAACCCAGUUCUAGAUGUGGAACUAACCUGGCUGCUCAGUCCACUCUUCAGAAUGGUUAAACUCUGCAAUUUUUUUUUUAUUUUUAAAAUGUGUUAACUGUAUUGUAGGAAAGUUAAAACAGUUUCCAUUUCUAAUAAAGAAAUUGUAUAAAAAAACAACUUGCUGUGAAAGCUAGUGUGGUGUUGAAAUUUGAGUGUAAAUACUGUAGCUGAAUGGUGAUCUCAGCUUAUUAGAAUCUGUCACAUUUCAUUAACUUUUAAUUUCACAGCUGGUGAAGCUGGUUAUUUGCAAAAAUGACACCCUCACAUUGGUGCUGGAACAUUGUCAAGCAGCCAGUUUGGGUUAAACUACCUCUCCUACCUCCCCCUGGACCAUGACCCCACCACUGAACAUCAAGCUAUUGUUUCCAGGACUGUUACUGACCUCAUCUCCUCUGCAGAUCUUCCUUCCACAGCUUCCAACC